AUGCCCGAAGAUACCAUUGCCAUCAUUCCCAACAUGGGGUAUCAGCCUGCGCGUCAAUAUUCCGCCAAAGCCUGUCGUUGGCUAACCUGGAUGAGUCACCAGAGCGGAUCUCACAUACGACAUGCUAGAAACGGAGGAGAAGUCAAGAUCGGAAGUUAUACUGUAGACGGAUACCAGGAAGCUACUCGCACCAUCUACGAAUUUUACGGAUGCUAUUGGCACGGAUGCCCUACCUGCUAUCCGAAUUUACAGACCGAACCUCAUCCUCACCGGACACAAUUUACUUACCAGAAAUUACACGAGGAAACUUUAAGGAGGAAUACGGUCUUAGAGGAAAUGGGGUAUUCCGUACAUAGUAUCUGGGAACACGAUUUCGAUCAACAAGUACAAAGAGAGGUGACAUUACAGAAUUAUGUACGAGACCUGGACAUUCCAGAUCCUUUGAACCCCCGAGAAGCUCUGUACGGAGGCCGAGCGAAUUCUACACGCUUGUAUUGUGAGGAGGGGGACAUGAGAUACGUGGACGUCUGUUCCUUAUACCCUUACGUAUUAAAACACAGACUUUUUCCCCUAGGCCAUCCUGAGAUCAUAACAGACCAAUUCCAGGACUUGAGAACUUAUUUCGGUCUCAUUCACUGUCGGGUCUUACCACCCCGAGGCCUUUAUCAUCCCGUUUUACCUUAUCGCACGGGAGGUAAGUUAUUAUUUCCAUUAUGUCGAACUUGUGCGGAACGACAGGGCUCUACUUCUAAACAUCGAUGUCAACACACAGACCAGGAACGCAGUCUUACAGGUACUUGGGUGACUACAGAAUUACAUAAAGCCCUAGACAUGGGAUAUACUUUAGAGCGGAUUUACGAGGUUUGGCAUUUUCCAGAAAGCAGUAAAGAUUUAUUCAGAUCUUACAUCGAUACCUUCUUAAAGAUCAAACAGGAAGCUUCUGGAUUCCCACCUAAUUGUCAGACGGAGGAACAGAAACUAGAUUACAUUCGUAAAGUAAUAGAAAGAGAAGGUAUUAGAAUGGACCUGUUAAGUAUAGAAAAAAAUCCGGUGCGAAGAACGAUAGCCAAACUCUUUUUAAAUUGCUUGUGGGGAAAAUUCGCUCAACGCCUGCUAUUACCUAAAACCCGAUACUUAACCGAAAAAGAGGAAUUACAGCAACUCUUACAAGAUUCGACCAUUGACAUCAAAGGGAUAGAACUCUUAGAAAAUAAAGAGCAGCUAGAAUCGGACAUGAUGCUGGUGAAUUAUCAAGAGAAACAGGAAUUUGUAGAAGAGUGUCCCUUCGGAAACGUGGUACUGGCCUGUUUCACUACCGCUCAUGCCCGAUUACACCUCUCAAGACUUUACAACCUUUAG